UAGCCACCUAUACUAGGGGUCCUUAAAGCUUGGCGUGCAGAGCUAGCUUAAAAUGUAGUUUCUCUCUAAACGAAUGUGGAAAUAAAUAUUUUUAUUAAAUUUAAUUGAUGAAUAUUAAAGAAAGAAAGAAAGUAUAAGAUAAUCCUCCUCCGGCUGCCAUGACCAUAGUUAUCGGCUUUGAGGGCAGUGCCAAUAAGAUUGGUAUAGGCAUUAUCAAGGAUGGCGAAGUGCUUUCCAACCCGAGAAGGACUUACAUCACCCCUCCAGGUCAAGGGUUCAUGCCGGGUGACACGGCGCGACACCACCGGGGCGUCAUACUGACCGUCCUGAAGGAGGCCCUGGAGGAGGCAGGGAUCCAACCAGCGGACAUCGACUGUGUGGCUUACACCAAAGGACCGGGCAUGGGGGCCCCUCUGGUGACGGUUGCCAUCGUGGCUCGAACCGUCGCACAGCUGUGGGGGAAGCCGCUCCUCGGCGUCAACCACUGCAUCGGACACAUCGAGAUGGGCCGACUCAUCACCAAAGCCAACAACCCCACCGUGCUGUACGUGAGCGGAGGAAACACUCAGGUGAUCGCGUACUCGGAGCGGCGCUACAGAAUAUUCGGGGAGACCAUUGACAUAGCCGUCGGGAACUGUUUGGACAGGUUUGCUCGAGUCAUCAAGAUUUCCAAUGACCCAAGUCCUGGUUACAACAUAGAGCAGAUGGCCAAAAAAGGGAAGCGCUAUGUGGAGCUGCCGUACACGGUGAAAGGAAUGGACGUGUCGUUUUCUGGGAUUCUGUCCUACAUUGAGGAGGCCGCUAAUAAGAUGCUGAGUGCUGAUCAGUGCACACCAGAAGAUCUGUGCUUCUCCCUUCAGGAGACGGUGUUCGCCAUGCUGGUGGAGAUCACGGAGAGGGCCAUGGCUCACUGCGGCUCCCAGGAGGUGCUCAUCGUUGGGGGCGUUGGCUGUAACCUGCGUCUGCAGGAGAUGAUGGGAGUGAUGUGUCAGGAACGAGGAGCCAAGCUGUUUGCCACAGAUGAACGGUUCUGCAUAGACAACGGCGCGAUGAUCGCUCAGGCGGGAUGGGAGAUGUUCCGCUCAGGUCAGGUGACACAACUAGAAGACUCGUGGAUCACACAAAGGUACAGGACAGAUGAAGUGGAGGUGACGUGGAGGGACUGACCGGAUCCACUACAGACACUUGGAUGUUCUGUUCCCCUUUGACUCAAAGUUUGUUCUAAUAAAAAAUAAACUGCAG